AGGCUCUGGCUAUGCCUGGAACCGAACCCAAAUAAGAAAAAACAGACAUGGCUGGUUUGCAGGGGGCGACAGUGUUGUAUCUGUUCGCUUUGUGUGGAAAGAAGAAGAAACACUUCCUUUUAUAUUUUCGAUAUUUGCGUCAAUUACAGACCGCGCAAAGUUAGCUAGUUGCAGGUACAAUACAAUAUAGAUAACAUGUGUAGUUUAGGAACUCCUUUGGGAGUUGUCAACUUGAAAGGUUACAUUUUACCCGAAAAGAAAGUUGUAAGGGCAGGAGAUGCAGAUUCUGAUUCUGGUGAAGAUGAGGAAGAAAAGCAGCCAGAAUUCCUGGAUAUGAAAGAAAUGCUCAACUUUAGUUCUGGAGGACACAUGUUCAAUUCAUCUAUACCUGCAAAGACGGAAGUUGAAUUCCAGGACCUACAGUCUGUAAAUAAAUUAAGAGUAGACGGAUGUUUCGCCCUGAGGGACCCUUGGUGGGAGAUCACAUGCACGGCACAACAACGCAGAAAAAAGAUGGUCUUGAAGGGUAACCCCAGCUACAAGUUGCGCACUGAUCUGAACAGAGAAGAAGGGAAAUCGAUAUUGUCUCUUUUCAUGACUGCCUGUGACAUAACGGCAGAGUUUGUUAACCAGUUCUUUCAGUGGCUCCCCAGUGAAAAAAACAUCGGCUUCCCUAACCUCCUGGAGGUCCUGACUGAGUUUGAGAAUGAAGAGAUAAACAGAGCAGUGGCGCAGCAGAUCAAAAACUUGGUCAUCAACUCAGUUGCAGGGAAGCGAGUGCAGGCGGCAGCCCUGUAUCCUCUAGUCAUGCAGUACCUGCCCUCACUGCUCCCAGGACAUUUCACUGACCUGCUAGGCAAGGGCAAGGGGAAUGAAAGGCAACCUACCACCCAGAUGACACAAGCCCCACAGGUAGCAGAAGAGGAGGAGGACGAAGAGGAGGACGAAGGGGAGGAGGAAGUGGACCUCAGUCUACUGGCCAAACUGGAAGAGAUGAUAAAAACUGAUGUUUGGAAGUUGGGCUUCAGCUAUGUCAUGUCUAAAGAGUUGAAGCUUAUCCGCUGUGAGGCUCAGCUCAGGGCCUUCGAUGAAUGCCGGCUGCUCUGGCAGAUCCCCGACCUGCAGCGCAACGCCCUUCGUGUCUACGACUAUCUGAAGAGUUACUGCUACAGAACAGGAAGCACCUACAUGGACAUCAAGCCCCUGUGCCAGGACCUGCGUCAAAAGGUCGGCCUGGCUGAUGAAGAAGGGGUGUGGAACGCCGUACACUUCCUGAAGGAGCAGGGGGUGCUCAAGUCUGACCGCCAGAAGGUGGCGAUCAGGAACCUGUUCUCCUACGAGAAGGGCAUCAACGACUGCCUUGGCGCCCUGGUGGAGGGCGAGCCCUGGCGCAUCCCGUUGGACGUUAGGAGGGUGCUGCGCGCCGCUGCAGAGGAGAGGAAGAGGAAGGGAGGUGCGGGGGAUGCGGUGGGUUCUGGUGGUGGAGAGGACUCGGGCGCAGAGCCAGCUGCGACAGAAAAACGGAACUUGACUGAAAUUGACCGAGUGGCUGUUGCUGCUGCCUCUGCACACUCCACUGCCAAAGUUGAAUGUUCUGCACGUACAGAAACCGACUUUUUACCCAUGGCCCACAUCAAACAGGACGACGACCAGAACCAGGCCGCCGUGGAGCUCGACGCAGACCAGGUGCGGGCGGCCGAGAUGAUCUGUGCCAACCCUGUGACGAUCAUCAGCGGGAAGGGCGGUUGCGGCAAGACCACGGUGGUCAGCCUGGUGUUCAAGGCUGCCAUGCAGCAGCAGAGCCACGAGAGGGAGGAGGUGGAAAGGGCCUGCGCGGACUACGAGAACGACGACCAGGGCUCGGAGAGCUGGCAGGAUCUGGGGCCCGGCCUCCUGGGGCCCCAGGAGGCGCAGGUGAAGGAGGAGGCUGCUGACGGAUCGUCCAUACAGGCUAAAGACGAGGUCCUGCUCACCGCUCCCACGGGCAGAGCUGCCGCCAUGUUGACCAAGAAAACCUGCUUCACCGCCUUCACCCUGCAUCAGGUGAUGUGGAGUUUCAUGAAAGCGAAGAAGGAUGAGAGCGGGCAGCCCAAAAACUGGAAGUUUGCAUCGGUGCGUGUCCUGGUGGUGGACGAGGGCAGCCUGGUGUGUGUGAUGCUGCUCCACUCCAUUCUCACCAUGCUGACCAAACACGCCAGGCUCAGGAAGUUCAUCCUCCUGGGGGAUGUGAGGCAGCUUCCCAGCAUCAUGCCGGGGAACACUCUCCACGACCUGUUCCACAGUCUGACGCUGGCCAAGUAUGCGAUAGAGAUGAGGACCAAUCACAGGGCUGAGUCUGAGCUCAUCGUCAAAAACUCUGGACGAAUCUCAGACAUGGGCAUGAGAGGUUUCUUUCGUCCUUUGGACUUUGAUGCCACUGUGGACCUGAGUGAGCCCUGCACCAUGCCCUCGGCGGACAAGAGCUUCAUCCUCAUUCUUCUACCCAAUGAUCCUGAUGAGCUGCCCAAUGCUAUCAAACGGCUGCUGGCAGAAGCUCCCGGGCUGCAGGUUCAUGAGACGUCUCAGUUCAUCGCUUUUAGAAGGAAGGAGUGCGCCAUGAUCAAUGAUCUUUGCUGUAAGCACUACUGCGACCACCUCACCAAAAACCACAAGAACAGAGUGGUGUUUCAACCUGGGGAUAAAGUCUGCUGCACCAAGAACGGCUACGUCAACAACGAGGAUGAAGAGGCCCAAGCCGGAGCAGAGAGAGAGAGCUGGCCCAGCAGCACUGCGAUGAACGCGGACGGAGGGGACGAGGAGCAGAAACAGGCGGACAAGAACAAGCUGCGCCUCUGCAACGGAGAGAUAUUCUUCAUCGAGCAGGACGUCACUAAGGAGGAGGUUGGCAGGCGCCGCAGGAAGACGCGCUACCUGACCUUGAGGGAUUGUGACGACCGGGUUGUGACUGCGUCCUACAGAGAGCUGCAGAAAGAGUGCAGGCUGCAGCACGCCUGGGCUAGAACCAUACACACCUUCCAGGGCUCGGAAACAGAGACCGUUGUGUAUGUGCUGGGAGAUGGCAAAGCUCAGACCUGGAAGCAUGUGUACACGGCGGUGACCAGGGGACAGAAGCGGGUGUAUGUUGUGGCUCACAAGGGAGGCAUACAGUUUGCCAUCAAAGCCCCGGUCAUCCAACGCAACACAAGGCUUCAGGGGCUGGUCAAGGAGCUACUGGCGGGACAGACCCUUCCCAGUCAACCCAGGUCCAGCCAUCCCCAGCCAGGCACACCGGCCCCUGGCUUUGGGCCUACACAGUCCACCCCUCGGUCCUCACAAAAGCCCAUUUCCUCCAGAGCACCUGUCAUAUCCAAAAGCCUUUCGCGGGAUGGAGAAGUGGUUACAGUUAAGAAAGAGGACGCUUCUGACAUGUCUCUUCGAGAUGACAUGAUUUUUACAGAGACGUACUCCUGGUCAUCUAUGAACAGCUCUGACGACCACUCUGGCGAGCUACACGCUGAUGACAUCACAUCAGAGGCUAACUGUGCUAGAAAUGAUGGCCACGUUGGCACUGCUCUGACUCGAGGUUCGCCUUGCACCAAAAGGAUUCUCAGCCCACUAGACAGCUGCACCCCUAGGAAACAACUCAAGGCAGAGCCAAUGGAGUCGCCACUUGGCUGUUCCAGCCUGCAGGAGCUCACCCUCCACACACCUAAGGGGAAGAGGCUGUUCCAAGAUCCUCCCUCUGAUUGAGUGCACAUUUGACAGAUUUUUAUUCAGAAGGAACAUGUUUGAAUAUCCAUGUGACUGGCCUUCUCGUAUGAGUUUUAUAGGCUUUUUGAGGGGAGAAAUAUGAACAAAAAAAAAGUUUGUGCCUUUAAUUUAACCAAAAAUGUAUAUGCCUUUUAUAUUCAUGAUAAUUUGUAACACUCAUGGUUACAUGUACAUUUUAAAUAACAAAUGCUGCAAGCUAACAGUAAAAAGAAAGAGAUCAUUUUUAAUUAAUGGGUUAAAAAACAUGGUUUAAUGAAGCAUAAUCAAUGGAAUCACUUUCAAGCAAAUGUAGUUUGCUGAACCAUAAUCCCUAUAGUCUAUGUAUCGCAUACUGCACUGUAUUAAUGAAUUGUUUUUCUUUAAGAUUGUUGUAAUAGAAUAUCUAUUUAAUUUGGCCUUAAAUCAUUUUAUGGUGAAAGUGUGAGUUAGCUCAGUAUGCCAGAAGAGGUACAAUGAUAAUUACUGUUUGACAACAUGCAUUUCAGUUAACAAAAAUGUAUUUACUUAGUCCUUUCCUACAUUAAACAUCCUACACGUCCAAACAAUACAGUUGGUAUUUUCCAAAAUCCCACCUUGUGUUUACACAAGGUCAACUUUGAAAACACUUGAGCCAGUGUUUGGGCUGAUUAGCAAUUCAGGAGUAGCUUUGCACACAUCUCAUCUCUCACACACUGACUUCCUUUUAUUUUAAGACAUAGACAUGUUUCUCCCUGAGGAUUGUCCAUAGAGGUGCAUGACUGGAGUCUAACAUUAUAACUCAUAGAGAAGGUAGCUUCUGAUGAGGUGACAUAUGUCCAGUUGACCUACGACCUCCUGAGCCCUGGUGCCCAUCUUGGACCGUAAAACGAUUCUGCAAAGCUGCUGUAGACUCAGGGGCGUACCUGCAGUCAGAGGACAGACGUGCCCCUGGCUCAUAGCAACCAAACCCAGGGCAUCAAUGCUCAGUAUUACCAUGACUUGCUAUGUGGUAUUUAUUCUUGGUGGUGCUGGUCGAAUUGUUUAAA